GAGCUUCUCAGCAGACCAUCUACUCUUCUACAGAGACCGCAAACGUCAAGACAUCUUGUGUACAUCAUGUUGCAUCGAAUCUCUUCCACUGAGGCCUGGGGACCCCUGCGUGGCCGUUUGACCUUUGCCAGCUCAAACUCAGAUGAGUCUAAUACACCCGAGUAUGAGGCUUUUGUAGGCGCCACACCAAGAGCACCCUCAAAACCAGCUCUCUCAGUACUGAGUGUUGAUAUGCGUGUGACAGACAACAAGAAAGCGCACAACACCAGCAGUUACAAGAACACCAACCUCAUUGUGCGCAGGAAUAAAGAAUUCAUCAUCAUCAUCAGGUUUGACCGACCCUUCAAUAACCAGCAGGACAAUGUGCAUUUGGAGUUCAUGAUUGGCAAUUCACCUGAUGAAAACAAGGGCACCUGCAUCACCGUGUCCUUUGGAAAAGAGAAACGUGACGGACGCUGGAAUGGUCGCGUGAUUGGCGUGCAAGGAAAUGAAGUGACAGUGGGCAUAACACCUGACGCCAGCUGCAUCAUUGGCCGAUUCCGCACCUUUGUAGCAAUAGUGACUGAUUUGGGAAAACAGCGCACUCAGAGGAACCCAGACAUUGAUUUCUAUGUGCUGUUCAAUCCUUGGGACCCUGAGGAUCUGGUGUAUAUGCCCAGAGAUACCGACAGACAGGAGUAUGUGAUGAAUGAUGUGGGGAUCAUCUUCAAUGGAGAAAUCAACAACAUAUCCUCCCGUGCCUGGAACUUUGGGCAGUUUGAAAAGGGGGUUCUGGAUGCCUGUCUUUUGGUUCUGGAUGCUGGGAAAGUACCGCUACUGUACCGUGGAAAUGCCAUAGAAGUAGUUCGGCAGGGAUCAGCCCUGAUUAACUCCCAGGAUGAUGAUGGUGUCCUGGUUGGCAGCUGGAGUGGUGAUUACUCCACUGGCACAGCACCCACUGCCUGGACAGGAAGUCCCGAAAUCCUGCUCAAAUAUGCCAAAGAUGGUGGCUUGCCUGUGUGCUUUGCACAGUGCUGGGUGUUUGCUGGUGUGCUGAACACUUUUAUGCGCUGUCUCGGGAUCCCCGCACGAGUCAUCUCCAAUUACUGCUCUGCUCACGACAACACGGGCAACUUGAAGACUGACAUUAUACUGGAUGAAGAUGGGAGAGUGAACAGAAGCCGAACGAGAGAUUCAGUCUGGAACUACCACAGCUGGAAUGAGGUGUUCAUGAAGAGGCCUGAUCUGCCUGAAAGGUUCUCUGGCUGGCAGGUGAUCGACUGCACCCCUCAGGAGACCAGUGACGGUCUUUAUCGAUGUGGCCCAACGUCUGUCAAUGCCAUCAGAGAUGGAGAGCUCAGCUAUCCGUUUGAUGCAAAGUUUGUCUUUGCGGAGCUGAACAGUGAUGUGAUCUACCACCAGUCGGAUAAGUACGGAAACACAAAGGUCAUCCAUGUGGACACCACGUAUGUUGGAAAGCUCCUUAUCACCAAAAGGAUGAACAGUAAUGAUUAUGAGGACAUCACUUCUGCUUAUAAACAUCCAGAAGGCAGUGACAAGGAUAGGCAGGCCAUGCAGAUGGCAGAGCGUCGUGGUGUCCCUUCCAGGGAUUACUUGCCACUCGCUGAAUCAGGUGUGACCAUCGAGCUCCAGGCUGACACCAUCAAAAUUGGCGACAACUUCAAGAUGACGCUGAACAUUAAGAACCAGACCAGCCAAACCUGCACCCUCAGUGCCACCAUCACUGGCUGUGUGGUGUAUUACACGGGCAUCACCAGCUCGAUCUUUAAGCUUGACAACAAAGCUGCAACUGUGGAUCCCUGGAAAACCUCCAGCAUGAUGAUCGAUGUCAAAGCUUUGGAGUACAUGCCCUACCUGGUGGAACAGUCCAACCUGCUCUUUGUGGUGUAUGGACGCAUUGAGGAAACCGCCAAGAGCCUUUCGACAAUGAGAGUUGUCACCCUCCGUCCUCCUGAACUCACUAUUAAGGUGACUGGAACGCCCCGGGUCAGAAAGGAUUUCAUGGUCACCAUGUCGUUCCGAAAUCCCUUUAACUUCAUCCUGAAAAACAUUCAGCUCCGCCUAGAAAGCCCUGGUCUGAUAACAACCAAAUUGAAAACAUACGAUCACAUUGCGCCUGGUGGUUCACUGCAAUAUACGGAGACGAUCACCCCUCAGUAUCCUGGGAAGAAGGUGCUGAUAGCGUGCCUGGACUGCGCUACAGUGAGGCAGGUCACCAGUCAGCUGGAAAUCUUCGUCCAGUAACGGAUAACGGAUUGCCAUGAAGGAACCAGAGAGAAAAGAUGAGCAUAGAGGAGAAAGGAGGAAUCAGAGGGUUACCAUUACCAUUUUCUUGAAUUGCUUUGCUUUCUUCACAAAUGUUAUCGAAAUACAAGCUAAUGUUUUUUUUUCUUUACAAAACACCCAACCCUUCCAACACUGGAUUGUUAAAAAUAUAGAGUUAUUUUUGAUUGGUACUGUUCAACCACCGUCAUGUGGUAAAAUUGUUACCGAGGAGUACACGCAUUUUAAGCAAAAAACUUUGAAUUUGUAAACUCAUUUAACUGUACAAAAUACACACAAUAAAACAUUAAA